AUGUCUUCGUCGACAACAAUACGCCUGGGCAAGUCAGGCUUGAAAGUAUCCAGAAUCAUACUGGGGUGCAUGACCUACGGCGGUGGUAACUGGGCCGGGCAGAAUUGGCUGCCCGAUGAGGAAGAGGCCGUCAAGCAUAUCAAAUACGCGUAUGAUGCUGGAAUACAAACAUUCGAUACAGCCAACAUGUAUUCGAACGGAGGCUCCGAGGAGGUCCUAGGCAGGGCGAUCAAGCAGCUAAAUCUCCCUCGCGAGGAAAUUGUAGUCAUGACAAAGCCGCAAGGUGCGCUUCAGCCCGUGUCUUCAGUCGACAAAAAGAUUGACCAAAGGAAUGAAAAGCAUAUCUUCGACACCGUUAAGGCGAGCCUAAAGCGCUUGCAGUUAGACUACAUAGAUGUACUCCAAGUCCAUCGAUACCGAGAAGACUACCCGAUGGAGGAGCUGAUGGAAGCUCUCCACGAUGUGGUCAAGGCGGGAUAUGUCCGCUACAUCGGUAUGAGCGGUUGCUACGCCUGGCAGUACUAUGCCAUCAACAACCGCCUCACGCCCUUCAUCUCCAUGCAGGACCGACACAGCCUCGUCUACCGCGAGGAGGAGCGCGAGAUGUUCCCUACGCUCGAGCAUUUUGGCGUCUCCUCUAUCCCCUACCAUUCGCUGGCCCGGGGAAUUCUGUGCAGACCCUUCAGCCAGCAAGCGGCCACCAAGAGGGGCGAGGAUGCGGCUAAGCGAUCAGCCAAGUUUUUGGAGGCGAACCCGCACGUGGAAACGAUUGUGAAUCGCGUCGAAGAGAUCGCGAAGAAGCGCGAUGUGAGCAUGGCCCAAGUUGCCAUCGCCUGGGAGCUCUCGAAGAGUGUUGUCGCAGCCCCUGUUGUGGGCACCACCAAGCUGGAAAAUAUCAAGGACAUCAUCGAGGGUGUCUUCCUCAAGCUGUCUGAGGAAGAGACCAAGUACCUGGAAGAGCCGUACAGACCAAUGGACCUGAUGAUUUGAAGACGGGUGGAAGCCCUCGUCCUGGUCUCGAAACUCCGUGUGGCAUUCUCGAGCCGUGCUGCAUGAUUUUGCUGCAUUGUUUAGAUUAAGCUCAUGUACCAUUAGAUCUCGUGAACAUACCUGCAUUUUUAGGUCUGCUUUC